AUGGACUGCAUCCAGACUGAUGGCAAUGCCAGCAAUCCAGAUGUGCCGAUCCCUGUGAGCACUACUCUAGUGGAAAUCUUUCACAGUGGACAGUGGGGGACAGUGUGUGAUGACAUCUGGGACAACAUUAAUGCUCAGGUGGUGUGUCGACAGGUGGGCUGUGGUAGAGCCCUUUCAGCAACAUCAAGUGCAUAUUUUGGACAGGGAACUGGACCCAUAUGGCUGGAUGAUGUGAGGUGCACAGGAAAUGAAUCCCAGCUAUCAGAAUGUCGACAUAAAGGUUUUGGAAAUCAUAACUGUAAUCACAGUGAGGACACUGGUGUUGUCUGUGAAGAGCCUCUUGUUCAACUUACUUGUGGCCAAGAUAAACUCCAAAUAGGACUGCAUCUCAAUAGCACACAGUACUUUGGUUUGGAUCCAUUCUCUGGGCACUUUGCUGCUCGCAACUGCUCAAGGUUCAGAGUUUAUGGGGAUGUUGUGUGGUACGAGGUGGAGGCUCGAGCCGGCGCCUGCGGAAAUAUAGCGACGACCAACGGUACACAUGCCAUCUUUGGSAACAAUUUAUUUCUCUACUCAUCAAACAAUGAAUCCUUCCUCCUUCCCACAAGAUUUCCAUUCUCCUGUUCAUAUCCCUUGGAAACUGACACCAGUCUGAAUGUGGCUGUGAGACCAACUUUAGAGUGGGAACGAGGUAUUUCAGGUACUGGUGUAAAGGCCACAGCUUCCAUGUCUCUGUUCCUGAACUCCAGCUACAAUGAAACUUACCCAGCAGGCCAGGUCACCCUGCCAGUGGGCUCGCCGUUGUACGUUGGCGUCUCUGUGGAGGACAUGGACUCAAACUUGGCGGUUGUUCUAGAGAACUGCUUUGCCACUCACACGUCAAACCCUGGAGACCCCGUACGAUACCCCCUCAUUGAGAACAAAUGCUCCACGGAUCGUCGUCAGGUGUCAGUGGUUCAGAGCGGCUCGUCCCUCCAGGCUCGUUUCACUGCUCUGCUGUUCCUGCUGGGGGAAGAAUAUCGAGAAAUUUAUCUUCACUGUAGCCUGAGCCUGUGUGACCAGAGACGCUCCAACUGUGUCCCGGUUUGUCGAAGCAGAAAGUUACGUUCUGUAUCAAGCUCUGCUGCAUUGAAGCCCAUCACCACCGGACCAAUAGUCUGGACCAAAUGAAGAAAUACAUCACUUCUCAUUACAUCACUUCUGUAAUGUAAUU